UUAAAAAACUUCAUCAAAACGUCAAAAUCCUUGACAUUCAUAACAAAAUCCAAACAGUCUCAAAUUCGAAGUCAAAUAUUUUCACCCAGAAAAAUGAGUCAAGAACAAAAAUCUCCUUGUAUUUUUUGUAAUAUUGUAAAUAAGUUGGAAGACACGGAAAUUUUAUAUGAAGAUGACUUUGUUUGUGUGUUUCGAGAUAUUAAACCGGCCAGCAAAUUUCAUAUUUUGACUGUUCCUAAGCGGCACAUUGAAGAUGCCAGAGCAUUAACUCCUAACGAUUUUGAAUUGGUGCAAAAAAUGCUAACUGUAGCUAAAGAAAUGCUCACACAAAAUAACUAUUCCAUUGAUGAUGCCAGAUUUGGUUACCACUGGCCACCAUUUAGAAGUGUAAAACAUUUACAUUUACAUGCAAUAGCUCCAGAAAGUGAAAUGGGAUUCUUGGCUCGGAUGAUAUUUAAAAAGGACUCAUAUUGGUUUGUGUCUCCUGACUAUGUUGCUUCAAGACUGUGAAAAGCUUAUAGCACAAUAUGUGUACCAAUUUAGUAGAAUUUUUCUUGGUGGUGUGUACAUUAGUGGGUAUCGUAGUUUGAAAUACAGUUGAACCCAUUUAAGUGAGUAUUAUAUUUUUUUUUGUGUAUUAACUUGUGAAUACAAUUUUGCAUAGCUAUUAGAAUUCACAAUUUAAUACAUCAAAAAACCAAAGCAAUAUUACAUGAGAAUAUGUCAUUAGAUUUAAUGUGUGAAUAAAUGUCAAUGUGACUUACUCUCAAAAUGAUAAGUAGCUAAGACCAUUUCAUGGUCAUUAGUUAAUAAUAAAAAUAGCACUAUACUAAUAUGACCUGGAUUCCAAAACCUGGGAAUCAAUGACAGACUUUCUUUGUUACAUAUAUUGGAUAGAAAACUGUUCACCUCAUGGUACAAGCUUUGGAAACUUAGCAGAUUGGUCCGGUACUUAAUCUAUUAUCUAUGUAUUACUGUUCAUUCCUUGGGCCUCCUUCAAAUCCCACCAUCUCUGUACUGUGCCUUCCACGGUUUCCUGGUCUAUCCGCCUUCUCACAUAUAUAGGUUCAAUUGUAUUAUAUUUUUGUUAAUAAGAUUACUGUGGUAUUAAUUAAUUUUAAAUGGUAAUGUAUUAAAUAUGAUUUUUUGGAAGUACUAGAAGAUGUUCGGUACAGAAAAUUUGUUUCAAUUAGCUACACAUCAUAAGCUCAAAUCUUAAUGUUAUUAAAGGUACCACUUUAAGCUUUAUUUUUGUACCAAACUACUGUUUUAUGACCCUUGUGUACUUUUUUAUAUGUGAAAUGUUCUGAACAACGUUCUUUGGUGUGUAUAGAUGUGCAGUGUGUGUUUUUAGGAAUGAUUAUUUCUUGUAAGAUUAUAUAUUUCCAUUACAUGGUUCCUAUUAUUUUAAUAGUUAUGUUAGCAAUUAUUUAAUAAAGUGUUAUUGUGUUA